CUGCUGGUCUACACUGAUCGAGAGGUCUGUACCAAACAUCCAAAGAGCCUUUGAAAACAAAAUUUUCAAGAACUUUUGAGGAGAAUUGAAUACAGAGGCCUAAGGGUGAACUGAUUUAUCAUGCAACCUGAGAACUUUGGUUCUGAAGACAAAGAAGUGUUAAAUUGGGACAUUAAUGACAUGAAAUUGCCACAAAAUGUGAAAAAGACAGACUGGUUCCAGGAAUGGCCAGACUCCUAUGGGAAGUACAUCUAUAGCUCAGAGGACCGGAACGCACAGCGGCAUCUGAGCAGCUGGGCCAUGCGCAACACCAACAACCACAACUCACGCAUUCUCAAGAAGUCAUGCUUGGGGGUGGUGGUGUGCAGUCGUGACUGCUCCUUGAAGUCAGGGCGCAAGAUCUACCUGAGACCUGCGAUCUGUGACAAAGCCCGACAGAAGCAGCAGAAGAAGCGCUGUCCCAACUGUGAUGGGCCUCUGAAGCUAAUUCCUUGCCGAGGCCAUGGCGGCUUCCCAGUCACCAACUUCUGGAGGCAUGAUGGACGCUUCAUAUUUUUUCAGUCAAAAGGAGAACAUGAUCAUCCAAAACCAGAAACCAAACUGGAAGCUGAGGCCAGAAGAGCAAUGAAGAAGACACAUAUGGGCUCAUCCUCUGUCUCCUUAAAGUUGAAGGGAAGCACAGAGACCAAGUCUCUUUCAGGUGAAACACAAAGUUGGGGGAGUUUGCCUUUAACUUGGCCUUCCCAGGAAGGCCUCCAACUGCCUGGCAGUUACAAUGGACAUUUAAUAGCUAAUACUCCUCAGCAGAAGUCACUGAAUGAUUGCUUAUCCUUCCCCAAGAGCUAUGGCUUGGGGGUAACCACUGAUUUGGCAGACCCUACCUCCUCUUUGGGUUCCACCAACCUUUAUGAGAAAUGCAAAUUGUCUAAUAGUAGGAUCUACAACAGUGGAGAUCUACUUCAGCCUUCUGUCUCUGGAGUCUUCCCUGACUACAACGAUCUGCAAACAUGGAAUAAAAACACCGGUCUGGGAAGAAGUCCUCUUAAUGACAACUAUUGUCCCAGCUAUCCUUUUCCUCUGACCAGCUGGUCUUAUGACUUUUCUUCUUCUCAGAACUCUUCAGAACCCUUUCCCCAGCAGCUACCAGUGGAUUCACCUGCGGCCAAAGCUAGCUGCCACCCAUUAUGGCCAAAUCCUGGGGGAGAAUAUUAUGAUGAGAAGGUGCAUGUGGAUUUUAACAGCUACUACUCUUCUACCACAUGCCAUUCGCCCCAGGAAGACCCCUUUCUUCUUACUUACACCUCUCAUUCUCACCAUCAGUGUUCACUGCCUGGCAAAAGCAGCAAAUGGGGUUUUGAUGAUGAAAUGAGGUAUAUGGGUUUGGAUCACUGCAACAAUGAAAUGUUUCUAAAUCUCUGUCCUUUAAGAUGAGCCAGAUCUGAACCCCUAUGCAUGGCCAGUGGGAAUGUAGUAUGGUCGAGUUUUUAUGGAAAACAGUGUGGAGGGAGGUUCUUAAAAAAAAAUAGUACUACUAUAUGAUUCAGCAAUUCCAUUUCUGGAUAUUUAUUUGAAGAAGAUGAAAACACUAUGCUGGUCGCAGCACUAUUUAUAAUAGCCAAAACAUGGUACUUGUGGAAACAGCCUAACUGUUCAUCAGAGGCUGAAUAGAUAAAGAAAAUAUGACAAAUAUGUAUGUGUCACAUAAUGAUAAUGUAUAUAUCUGUAGCACAUAGUGAUAUUUUGGUCAGUAACAGACAUGAUGUGGUUUAAAUAGGCUAUGCCCUAUAGUAAGCGAUAAAGUAGGCUAUACCAUCUAGGUUUGUGUAAGUAUACUCUGAUUGACGUUCGUACAACACAAACACUUAACAGUACAUUUCUCAGAAUUCAUCUUAUCUGUAUGGUUACACAAUGCAUUUGUACAUAGACACACACACAGUGGAAUACUAUUCAGGUCACAUAACAGAAAGAAAUCCUGUUGUUUGCUACACCAUGGGUAAAACUUGAUGACAUUGUGUUUAGUGAAAUAAGUCAGACAAGGAAAGAGGAAUACUGUAUGCUUUCCUUUAUGUGUAGAGAUAGAGUUGACAUUUAU